AUGCCAAGACAACACUCACGACCACUGCCACGACGACGUGCAAGCGUGCAGCUGAGUUAUGAGGGGUGUCUCGAAUUUCCGCAGUUUGUGGGCGACCUUUUGGCACAAGCUCCAGAAAGCCAGCAACGGGGCCGUAGCAGAACACGACACGCACACUCCCCUCCACCUCGAAGUCCGUCCGGCGAAGCUCAAGCAGCCAUACGAAGAGUCCUCAACUAUUUCUGGGUCUGCCAAGAAAUGGGCUUCAGGAUUGCGACAAUGGAGACAGUGGCAGUCGACCAUGGAGAUUUGAGUGAGGUGCAAGUCGGCAUAUUGGCUGGCCUUGUGGAGGUGUUUUACCAGAGACUGGUUGUCCAGCGGGACACGUCGACUCGGGACAUGCGUCGCGCGUUUCGAAAUCGUAUGGCGCCGUUGAUUGGAGAGUUUGGUCUGCACGCCGACUCAAUCUUUUCGCGUCUGCAGGACUUGAGGAUGCGCGCCUAUGGCCGACGAAGAUCGGAAGGCGUAGGUCGGGAAACGAUUCUUGGCUUCUCCGACUCAGCCUCUUUGCUUCAUGCAUUCUUCUUCUUGUAUGCGCAUGCUCAUAUUGCAGGCAUCUCAUCGUCGAGACAACAGAUCAUCCCACGCAUCGAUACAUCGCCGGCAGACCUCAGCACGACUAUUCAUUCCUACCCGCGACGCUACAUCAAGAUGGCGUUGAAUCUACUUUCGCAGCUCCUGCCGUACCAGCGAGCCUGCAGGCAACUUGGCGCCACUCGACACGCGCUCAACUACGAAGGCACUCGCCCCAGCUACUACCCCACGCCAGCAUUGGUGCGAGGGAUCCGGCGCUGUGGCAUGUGCGUACCAGAGAUCUUGUGGUAUCUGGACGGCAAGUGGAACGAGGGCCAGGCUGCGCGUCGUCGCAAGCGCGAAGAUCUAAAACACCUGAUUUCAAAACUCUGGCGUUCUUGUAUGAGUGAGCCAGCGGAUAUGACCGAGGCUCUUGUGUCCAGGUGGUCGGAUCAAUACCAAGCGCGAGCUUUACUCGCGUGCAUUGAGGCGGUCCAACGGGAUGGACCUGAUCACAUGCCAGCCUUCCAAGUGGUCAUACGGACGACAACCCUAAGGCCCUGGAUGACUAUGGAAGAGCUUCGGGCACAAUUGGAAUCGGAGUGGCACAGGAGCCCAACUCUAGUUCGUGAGCAUGAAGAGAGGAUUCGUGAGACACAAAGAGUCAUCAAUACCCGAUACAGUCAGUAUGUCGCCGGAUUGCUUGAUGAAGCAAGCGAUGGAGAUGAUGAAGAGAUCUUUGAAUGA